CGGCCCUUUCACAACAGGCCCAGGGAGGAGGCGGUGGGACGGGACGGGACUCUAGGGCGGAGCUGGGGCACCGGGCGCCUCUCCCUGCCCGUGCGGAGGCAGCUGCGCGGGGCCCGGCCAUGGCCACGGCCACGCUGAAGCUGCUGGUGGUUGGGGACAGCGCGGUGGGGAAGUCCAGUCUCUUGCUGAGAUUCACCGAUGACACGUUUGAGCCGUACUUGAACCCCACGAUAGGUGUUGAUUUUAAAGUGAAGAAAAUGGUGGUUGACGGCAAACCAGUGCAACUUGCAAUAUGGGAUACAGCGGGACAGGAACGGUUUAGAACACUGACCCCCAGUUAUUACCGAGGCGCUCAAGGUGUUAUUUUAGUGUAUGAUGUCACGAGAAAAGACACUUUCACAAACCUAAUGACCUGGCUGAACGAGCUGGAGGCAUAUGCUACGCGGAGCAACAUUGUAAAAAUGUUAGUUGGCAAUAAAAUUGACAAGCCAGAUCGUGAGAUAAACAAAAGGGAGGGACUCCAGUUCGCUAGGAAACACUCAAUGCUCUUUAUAGAGACCAGUGCUAAAACACGGGAUGGAGUACAAUGUGCCUUUGAGGAAGUGGUUAUAAAGAUCCUACAGACUCCAGGACUUUGGGAUAAAGACAAACAAAAGUUUGGAGUCCAGUUGGAGACUGCAACACACACAGAGGAAGACGUUUGUGGUGGAUACUGUACACUUACUUAAAUUCACAGAUGCCUAUUCCAUCCGACCAGCUGGACUUUCAGGCAUGUUGCUAAGAGCUUACAAAGAGACAAUCCAACUUCCAUUCUGGACACAUGUGAUUCAUACUAUGGGACCAACCCAGAUGGGUUCAUUUCAGCACACCUGUCUGGUUUUAAAAUAAUAGAUUUGAUGGUUACUAUGUUGGCAAAAAUGGAAUGGAUAUUUAUUUGUAUGAAGCAUGGUACCUCUUGCUCUGACAUUCUUUGCUCAAAAAAUAAGACUGCAGUGUCAGAUAGCAGCAGAAUGUUAUUCGUCAUAAGGCUAAUAAUAGAGCCAAGCUGUCCAACCCUCAGGCUUUAUUGAAAAGCUUUCAAUCUCUACAGUAAGCGUGCAAGGUCCUCAGGCAGCCAAGUUCCCUUGAAGUGUUGAAAAGACACUUCCCAUGCUACAAUCUGGGAUAAUCACUGAUUCUACCUCCCUGUUUCAGGUGCUUUUAUGUGCUGGAACUCCCUCUGAGACCUUUUCCAUUCGACUUAUCCAGAACAUUUCAUCCAGUUCUCUCGGAUCCAAAAACUCAGUUCAACUCCAGCUCAUCACUCGGUUACUUCAUUAGGCAUGGAACAGCUCUGUGCCCACACUAGCCAGGCCUAGACGCAGGUGGGUUAGAUACAGGGUGACACACAUUUUUCCAGCUACUACCAUCUAUACUUUUUAAAUGUAAUUGGUUUGGACAUCAUAUGGAUCAUGUAAGGACCAGUUGCUUUGCAGAUUGCAUAGGGCCCAAUCACUUCUGUCUUCACCUUAGGUACAUUUCAAGCUUAUCAGUUCAAAGUGCCCCCAUUUACCUCAGCUAGUUCAAAAACACUGUCUCCGGAAGACUAGGGUGACCAGAUUACAUCAACAAAAUAUUGGGACACAUGGGGGGUGGGGGGCAGGUCCGGAGUGCCGCCGAAGCAAAAAAAAAACCCAACAAAAAAAACCCGAGCCAGAAUAUCGGGACAAAUGGCGUCCUGACCAUACAUUUGUCGGGACGCGGGCCAAACGACUAAAUAUCGGGACGGUCCCGAUUUUAUCGGGACGUCUGGUCACCCUACAGAAGACAGCCUGUCAUACCCUUGUUUUACGGUUUAACCUUGCACUCAACGUGAGCUAUAUGCAAGUUGAUUCAUGACCAGCGAGCUCUAGGCCUACAUUAUGUAGUAUAUGUUGCUGCUGAAUGUUCCCAAGUCAGAUGUAAUCCAGCUGCCUAUCCAAAAUACUCUUGGUGAGGACAGUCAUCAUUUCAGUGUCACACUCUUGGGAGGUAGGCUUUUUCCACUGACUUUUCUGUUGCAAACCCAGGCGUUUACAUGCAGCUCUGUGUAGAUUUACUCCUCACUGUUUCUUACGUAAUUUCUACCAACAGCUAGGAUCAGUGACUAUUAGAACUGUAUUGUUUUAGGCUCUAAUUCCACAAGCUACUUCUGUAAUGCAGAUCCCCAUUGCAAUUAACAGGGCUGUGUGUGGGCACAGUGGUCUGCCCGGGUGGAGCAUCUUGCAGGAUCAGGAAUGUAAUCAGUGUUUCUUCAAACUGUGAAUGUGAUCAAUAAAAAAUCUGGUUUAAAGCUACGUGACAGCAA